AAUUCAGAAGGAUAUUUAAGGAAAUCGAAGACACACCGUACGAGAGUCAUGUUGACCGCCAUAUGUAUGCAGUAGCUAACAAUGCAAAAAUGGAUGAAGGGAUUGAACAAUUAAAAACCAAUGUUGGUGGUUACAUGAAGGCAAUGGCAAAAACUGUUCCCAUCAAGUGGGUUGAAUUUCAAACUAAGGUACAAGAAGCUGGGAAGACAACAAUGCACAUGUCCUUGAAUGAGAUCACUAAGAUUGCUGUUGAUUGUGGUAUUAAUGAAGAUAACGUCAUCCACGUCCUCAAUUACCUUAAUGAUGUUGGAAUCAUUCUGUAUUCACCCACUAACAAGAAGUUGGAGAACACAGUAAUUAUUAACAUCCAUAUGCUGAUUGGAAUCUUCAUGAAAGUCAUCACAGUUGUAAAACCUAAUGAUGUUGUCAAGGUAAUUCAAGCCUACACCGGGUUGCACAGUUCCAAUAAAUUUGACUAUA